AUGGCGAGAGGCGGCAACAACAACAAUUCACAACCCCCUACCAUGGAAGAGAUGAUGGCCAUGAUCAAUGGCCUACGAGAGGAGAAUGCGCGUUCCAGGGAGAGAGAAGAAGCUAUUCAACGCGAGAAUGAGGAGAUUAGGAGGAGGGCGGAUGAGAUGCAGGCCAGAAUAGCGGCUAGUACCAAGACUGUGGAGGAGGAUGUUAUGCUGGAGGUCCCUAGAGACUUUCGACCAUUUUCGGAAGCCAUAGAGGCUGAGAUCAUCCCCAGGGAUCAUCGGAUUCCUCAGGUCGAAGCUUUUGAUGGAACGCAGGAUCCCAACCAGCACUUGACAGAUUUCCGGGCUCAAAUGCUGAUAUGUGGUGGAGGCAUGGAGGUCCGCUGUAAGCUAUUCAUGGGCACCCUCAAAAAGGCUGCACUUGAUUGGUUUAGCGGCUUACCUGAUCGGUCAAUCACUGAUUUCGACGUGUUCAGCAGGCUGUUCAUGGCACAGUUCGCCGCCAAUAAAAAGAAGCCGCCGAUCACGUCGGACCUGUUUGAUCUCAAGCAGCAGCAGGAAGAGUCGUUGAAGGACUUCCUGCAAAGAUUCAACGAGGUUGCUUUGAGGAUAGCGUCUCUAGAUGAGAAGAUGGCUGUUAUCGCGUUCCAAAAGGGAUUGAGGUCGGGAGCCUUCGACAUUGCGCUGGAAAGAGCAAGUUGUCAGACAAUGUCGGAAGUGCGAGCCUUUGCGCUGAGUCACAUUAAGACGGAGGAGGGGCAGAUCAGCAAGAGAGCAGCAGAAAACCGAGAGGGCGGAAAUAACAACAAGGAAGGUAACAAGCAUCUCCGGCCACGGUCGGAUUGGAAUAAGCGACAUGAUCGUUACAAUACUAAAGAGGGUAACUACAGGAAGGCUGAUUAUGUCUCCAGGUCAGGGGCCGAAUUGACACGUAAUAGUGAGGAAGAAAAAUUUACUGCACUUAAUGUCCCCAGAUGUCACGUAUUGCAUGAUGUGAGCAGCGCAUCACUUUUCGAGUUUCCCGCGCCGACUGACAGACAGCUGGGACCUCUCAAAUCCGAGUGGUGCGAGUUUCAUCGAACCCACGGACACGCGACCGAGAGUUGUUUUGUUUUGGGUAGGCAGAUUGAACGCCUUAUCAAGGAGGGCCGUUUGAAGAAGUUUAUUGCCGGAAAGCAGGAUGAGGGCUCGUCCGACAGACGACGCAGGCCGGGAGGAGAAGACACCGGGAGAGGAAGGCGUGAAGGGAGAUCUCCACCGAGAGAUUCCCCGCAAAAAACUACGGAAGCUCACCAGCGGGCUGUCCAUGGAGACUUCAACACCAUUGCAGGGGGAUUUGCGGGAGGAGGACCGACUUCAGCAGCUCGGAAGAGAUACUCUCGGUCAGUUUUAUCGGUCUCGGAUUGGGUGAAGCCCUCUCGGCCACCCAUCACGUUCUCAGACGCCGACUUCGAUGGGGUAUCUCCCCACGAGGACGACCCCAUAGUCGUCUCAGUAAUCGUCAUUGGGUAUAAUGUAAAACGAGUAUUAGUGGACCAAGGCAGUUCGGCGGAUAUAAUGUUUUGGGAAGCUUUCGUCGGCAUGAAGAUUCCAACUGAUCGCCUCAUGCCGUAUGCAGGUACGUUGGUCGGUUUUGCAGGUGAUCAGGUAAUAGCCAGGGGAUACGCCGACUUGGAGACAACGUUCGGCCAGGGGGACAACAUGAAGACUGUCACUAUCCGAUACCUGGUAGUGAACGCUCAAUCAUCCUACAGCAUACUAGUCGGUCGGCCGACACUAAACAAGUUGGGAGCGGUCGUCUCCACGCCCCAUUUAAAGCUGAAAUAUCCUUUGCCCAACGGAAAGGUGGGCGUCGUCUGUGUCGAUCAAGAGGUGGCGAGAAAAUGUUACGAAGACAGUUUGAGGGCGAGGCGACACCUAUAUGUGACGCAGGUUGAUCAGGGUGUUCAGUCAAUUGAGUUGGAUCCGAGAGUGAGUCACUUUGAUACCCGACCAGCCCCAGCGGAGGACAUAAAGGAGGUUACCCUGGCCGAGGGGAAAGCCGUCAAGAUUGGUGUAUCUCUAAGUAAGGAAGACGAGGAAGGCUUAGUCCCAUAA